GAAAUCGGGAAUACUCACACGUGCUCUAACGUCAUACUGAGUAUUGUUGAUAGUCGACGGAAGGGAUUUGAAAAACUUCCUAUAUAAACGUCAGUCCAUCCUUAACACUUAACCAUUCCAACGCAGACGCUACAUAACAAAAUAAAUUCUUACGAAGUCAACAAACACGCUUACAACAUGAACCGUAACACAGCUCUGUUUUUCUUUGUCGUCGUCGUCGUAGUCUUGUUGGCCGUUGCUACUGAAAGCAACGCCGAAUGCAGAUGGCUCGACUGUCAUGCACAUUCUGCAGGAGACUGGUGCAACAUUUUGGGACCCGGCUGGAAAAUGGUAGAAUGGCGCCGGUGCAACGGAUUGUUGGGAAAAUCUGAAAAAUGCUGCAAUUAAUGCAACCUCUUUUCUUUUUCUUUUUUUUUUGUUUCAUUUGACUUUGUUUGUAACAAAGUAAUUAAUAUUUUUUGA